GACAUGUAAACUAUACUAAAAAUCCAGGAAUUAUUAAUGUUAAUGGACCAUACCUUUUUUAUAACUAUAUAAAGAGUAUUUUCGUUGUAUUUAUAACAUUUGUACUUGUCCAUAUUUAUAUCUACCUUCCUUAUCUUCCUCACCCAUGGCAACUAUAUUUUCUAACCUUAACACCACAAUCGAGUCUCUUAUUACUACCAUGACCAGCUCCGGGGCAAGGCCACUCAACACUGCUCAAUUUCUCAGCCAUGUUGAAGAACAAAAUCCAGCCAUUCCUUACUCGAAAAGGCGGGUUGAAGAACAGGAAACAGCGGCUUGCGCAGUGUGUUUAUCUGAGUUUACAGAAGGAGAAAGCGUGAGAAACUUGGAGUGCAAGCAUUUGUUUCAUAACGGUUGCCUAGACAAGUGGUUGCAGCAGUGUAAAUCUACUUGCCCGCUUUGCCGGAAUAAGGUGGUGGCGGAUGAGGUGGUGGCUAGGUAUCGGCAGCAGAAGGAUGAUGAGAAUGGGACAGCGUUCGAUAGAAGCCAUGAGGAGAUGGUUGUCUUGGUCUCUUCUCUACGUGGUAAUAAUAAUUUUCUUGGUUUUUGGUAAUUAUUAUGUUAAGAUUAAGCUAAUUAGAAAGAAUGCUUAAAUAUGAUAUGUGUAGAAAGAUUUUUAUUAAUUCAGCUUCUACGAAAUCAUGUGCAUGUUGAUAAUGCAAAUCUUUGUAAGUGUCUGAGAAGUCAUCUGGGCAGGGCAGAUGUUCUGAACCAAUGGCAAUUAAUUAAUGGUUAAUUUUAAUUGCAUAAUUUAAGA